AUGUAUGCUUCCAACGCUCUCAGAUCAUCAAAACUGGUGUCAUGGAAACCGAUGGGGAGGCUUCAGCAAACCCUAGCGGGAUGCGUGGAGCGGAGCGGCGUGGGUCUUCAUUCGGGAAAAGUUUCGACGGUGAGGCUGUGGCCCGAGCUCUCCUCCCGAGGCAGGUACUUUGAUUUUCGCUCCCGUUCAAUCCCCGCCUCCGUCGAGUAUGCUCAGGUGUCGCCGCUCUGCACCACUCUGUGCAUGGGCGGAUUCCGAAUUCGAACCGUGGAGCACUUGCUUUCGGCUUUGGAGGCUUUUGGAGUUGAUAAUUGCAGGAUUGAGAUUGAAGAUUUUGGUGAUAAAGAGAACGACGCAGAGAUUCCUAUAUUGGAUGGGUCAGCAAGGGAAUGGGUGGCAGCAGUGGAAGGAGUUGGUUUAAUGGUGGCCACUGAUCUUGAUGGCAAAAGUGUUGAGAAAAUGGCACCACAUGUGAAUGAACCGGUGUGUGCUUGGAGAAAUGAUUCUUUUGUUGCUGCAUUUCCUUCAGAAAUGGUUCAAAUAACUUAUGGCAUCAACUUUCCACAGGCACCUGCUAUUGGCUGCCAGUGGUUUUCUACCUACCCCUUGGAUAAUUUGGUUUAUUCCAUGCAGAUAGCUUUGUCAAGAACCUUCUGCAUUUACGAGGAGAUUGAGCAUAUGCGCAAUGCUGGACUUAUCAAAGGAGGUUCUAUAGAAAAUGCCAUUGUAUGCAGUGCUAGUAAGGGUUGGUUGAAUCCACCUCUGCAUUUCAGUGAUGAACCAUGCCGUCACAAGAUCUUGGACCUUAUCGGUGAUCUCUCGCUGGUUGCUCACUCUGGGAAUCAAGGACUCCCAGUGGCACACAUCGUAGCAUACAAGGGUGGUCAUGCAUUGCAUGCCGAUUUGGCGCGCCGCCUUGUAGGUGUUGACAAUGUUUACUGA